GCUAGCGCCGCAUCCCGCUCUACCUGCCGACAUCCUGCAUUGGAGAACUUGUGACCCAGGUGUGGCUCUAAAGAGCUGGCCGGGGAGGGACGCUGCCCAGCUGCUGCUCUUCUCCUGUCUCCUGUCCCCUCCCCUGGCCAUGACAGAGACCCGUGAGCCAGCUGAGACUGGGGGCUAUGCCAGCUUGGAAGAAGACGAUGAGGACCUCUCUCCAGGCCCCGAGCACUCCUCUGACUCUGAGUACACUCUCUCAGAGCCAGACUCCGAAGAGGAAGAAGAUGAAGAGGAGGAGGAGGAGGAGGCCACUGAUGAUCCUGAAUAUGACCCUGACUACAAGGUGAAGCAGCGCCUGGGGGGAGGCCGGGGGGGCCCAUCCCGCCGGGCCCCCCGUGCAGCCCAGCCCCCAGGCCCCCCAGCCCAGCCCUGCCAGCUCUGUGGCCGCUCGCCCCUUGGGGAGGCCCCACCAGGGACCCCGCCCUGCCGGCUCUGCUGUCCUGCUACAGCCCCCCAGGAAGCUCCAGCCCCUGAAGGCAGGGCCCUCGGGGAGGAAGAGGAGGAGCCACCUCGGGCUGGGGAGGGCCGACCAGCUGGGAGGGAGGAGGAGGAGGAGGAGGAGGAAGAGGGCACCUACCACUGUACAGAGUGUGAGGAUUCCUUCGACAACCUCGGGGAGCUGCAUGGGCACUUCAUGCUGCAUGCCCGGGGGCAGGUGUAG